AUAUUCGAGAAAGACGAUGUUUUCACUGACUUUCAAUUAUCCGGUGUGCGGGUUAAGCCAUCGGUUAAGCAAUGCACUGUUUCCAGUAACUCGCUUUAUGGGGCGGGCUGAGGCUGAGUCGUGGAGCCGUAGACCACUGGCGCCCUCUGCAGGCCAUUCGUAUAUCCAUCAUCCCGUCGCCUUUUAGUCAAUUAGCCUGAAAGCCAGGCAGGACACUCGACUUCGUGGUUAUCAAAUGUAUUAUAUUAGCCACGAGAAAGGAUGGAAGUAAACACUUUGGUAACAUUGAACUGUGGACGUUUUAGGAGGCCUGGAAGCUACGUUUUUCCCACUUUGUUUACGUCUACAUGAUCUGUGUCUGCGUGUACAAGGCAAGAUAGAGAUCUUUCCUGUGUUCCUCUGCAUCUCUUUCCUUACAUUUCCGAUCUCUGUGUCCUCUCUGUCUCUCCAGUUCCGAGUGUGUAUCUCUAUAUCACCAGAGCUCUGCGUUGGCAGUAGCCUCUUCGUAGUUGUCCGUUUGGCAGUGUAAAGGGGCCUGAAUGUAAAUAAGAAAUGGAAACAGAUGGCAGUAAGGUUUUCCUGAAUGAUAUAUAUGAGCCAAGGAAAUCUAACUCGUAAAACGAGGGGAAAAAAUCACCAACUGAUGAAAUUAGGUUAAAACUAUCUGGGUGAUAACAUAACGUUUACAACAUUUUAAAGUUAGUCAACUUUUAUCUGUUUAUGUUUACAAAGGUUAUACGCCUAGUAGGGCGCAUAGGCCCUAUUUAUGAUUAUUAUUAUUAUGGGCCGUGUGAGUGGACGGUCCUAACUGACGCACGAGCCUUUUUUACAACCCCUUGGGGCCGUGACGUCAUAUAAAGGUGGGUUGCGCACAGGUGUGUCCGCGGUAGGUUGGUCAGUAUAGGUACGUUCGUUCAGGUGAAGAAAUGUGCGUCCUGGUGGAAACAUCAUUUGUGUUCCCCCGAGGCGCCGCUACUUGAGCUCAUGUGAACCAGCCUCAGCUCGGGCAUGGCGCACAAGUUCGUGGGCAAAUGCGUGCCGCUGUUCGUUCUCGCCGUGGUGUUCGACGUGCUGGGUCUGAUCGUGCUCCUGGUCGGCGUGUUCGGGAACCUCAACCUGGACGGAUUGUUUUACGGGGAUUUCCUCAUCUACACCGGCUCCCUCAUUAUCUUCGUCAGUCUGUUUUGGUGGAUCAUGUGGUACACUGGCAACGUCUCGGUGUACCCCUCCGUCGACCGGGGCUCCCUUGAUGUGGACCUGAUGCACUGGGCCAGGAAGGUGUCUCAGAAGCUCACGUUGGAAUCGGCCGAGACGAAGAAGAAGAAGAAGAAGAUGAAGAAGAACGGGGAGUCUGGGGUGAAGGGGACGGCACCGCCGGGGGUGCUCAACACGGUGACCCGGAUCUCCUGGGACAACAGCACGCUGUCCCAGGGCCAGCACAACAAAGGGUUCGAGGCGUAUCCUGAGCACAUGCCAUCCGAGAAAACGCUGGAGAUGGGCAUCUUCCAAAGCCCUGACGUGUCUUCACAUACGGCUGUUGGUGGGGAUGCCUUCGGGUUCGUCUGAACAGAUGGGGCUGGUCUGGACCUGAGGGCCAAGGACAGAUCCCAUGUGGCUAUCCCCACACAUCCGGUAUUCCAGAUGGAAAACCUUUUACCCACGACACUUUAUCACACGACUUGUAUUUCAUUCAGGGAGCAGCCCUUCGCUAAUUGUAAACCACUGGGCUGUGCACAGAGGGGGGGGAAAUGAAAGCUCAUUAUAUUUUUUGUGUAAUGUAUGUACAUAGUCAAUUUCUAUAUUUUUCAUACACUUGACUCUUUUGCUUUGAAUAAAAGCUUUCUUAUAAAAUUGAAAAGGAUACUUUUAGGGGAGUCGGUGACUAAUAUUGUCUGCCUCCUUUUUUUGUGUAAUGUUUGUAAAUAGUAAAUUUCUAUAUUUUUUUUAUGCACUUAUUGCUUUGAAUAAAAGCUUUCAUACAAA